AUUGCUGCUUCAGUGGCACAUCAAUCCAUCAAACGUUGUUAGGAUACAUGAACACAGAGAGAGGUCAACCCAUGACGAUAACUCUGACUCAAGAAGAACGAGCCCAACACCCUGUGACUCAUCAGCAGAGAGUUAUAAUAGAAAACUACCAUGGUGAAAAACUUGUGGGAAUAUUGCAUGAUACAGGUUCAAAGGAGCUUGUUAUAGUGUGCCAUGGAUUUCAGUCCUGGAAGGAGCGCAUUCCGAUGGUGAACCUUGCUGCUGCUCUAGAAAAAGAAGGAAUCAGUGCCUUUCGCUUUGACUUUGCUGGCAAUGGGGACAGUGAAGGUUCUUUCCAUUAUGGUAACUAUCGUAGAGAAGCUGAUGAUUUACGUGCAGUAAUCCAACACUUCCGUAUGGAGAAACGUGUAAUAACUGCAAUUACUGGGCACAGUAAAGGGGGAAAUGUGGUGCUCUUGUAUGCUUCAAAGUUUAAUGAUGUUCCUAUAGUUGUCAAUAUGUCUGGCCGUUUCAAUCUGGAGAGAGGCAUUGAAGGCCGCUUGGGUAAAGAUUUUUUACAAAGAAUCAAGGAAACUGGAUUCAUUGAUGUUUGGAAUAAAAGAGGGAAGUUUGAGUAUCGUGUUACUGAAGAAAGUUUGAUGGACCGACUAAGUACUGAUACUCAUGCAGCCUGCAUUUUGAUUCAUCCAGACUGCAGGGUGUUGACAGUUCAUGGAUCCAUGGACAGAAUUGUACCAGUUGAAGAUGCUAUGGAGUUUGCCAAGUUCAUACCUAAUCAUAAACUACACAUUAUAGAAGGAGCUGAUCAUGAAUACACUUCAUGUCAAGAUGAGUUGGCUUCAGUAGUGGUCGAUUUUGUUAGGACACAUUCUCAUCAGGAUAGAGAUAUGUCUGAGCAGUUAUCUUCUUGCACAAGAGUGGAUGGAUCCAUACAAUCUCGAUUGUGAUAGAUUUUUCAUCACUAUAAUCAGACUCACUAACGACAGAAAAAUAGCAGAAAUUGUUUGGAAUAAAUUGUGCCAGUGCCCUGAUGUUAAUAAGUUGACCUACUCUACCUAUGUCCUAAUUCCUGACCUAAAGUUCAUCACUAUAGAUGAAGUUGUCAAUCCACAGAGACAAAGCUAAAGGCUUUCCUGCUUGGGCAUCAGGCAAUUUUAUCCAUUUGGGGGUUGAAGGAUUUGGAAUUCAAAUUGUAUUAUAAGCAUGAUCCUUAUGCUACGGUUUAGAGCCCAAUGUAACAACUUCUAUAGUUAUAGAUUAGUGGGUACAUUUGCAGUAUUCCGUAUAUUUUAAUCUCACCGAACUUAUCAGAAAAUUUCCCUUUUGUCAAAGAAAACUUUUCUGCUCUA